GCCAGUGACGUUAUUUGAUUUAUCAGUAUUGAAAUUCAUUCCAUUCGCUGCCUUUUGACAUCUUUGUAUUGAACAUGGUAUCCGUGGAGUGCAGGGAUACAUUGGUUUCGAGCAGAUGUUUGUACGCAGCUCCAGGAAAACCAGAUAUGCGAUUGAAAGGAUCUACCUAACCAGUAAAUAAUCUGAACUAUUGGAUUGGUAUUACGACCAGAAUAGAGAGCUAUUAGUAGCAGUGCAAAUUGAGUUUUCUGGCCAUCCACUUUACUUGCAUUUUUCACCUCAAAUCAUUUUCCAUUCGAUUAAAGGGUAUUCUUUGGCCGAUAUAUUCAGCCCUGCGAAAACAUUUUUGUAUCGACCUCAGCUCGGCUCGAAAUUCAAUAGGAUUUCCCUGGCCUUGAUGUGCAUAAAGUACAUAAUAUUGGAUUACUUGAGAGAGGACGUACGUACAUAGUUACUAGAUAAUUAUCCGGAAAGUGUGCCACAAUUUUUCAGCGGAAAUUGAUUAUUAAUAGUUUGGCCAUUAAUUAAAAGCUAAUUGCUCCUGCUCGAGGGUGUAUAAAAAUGCUCGCGAUGGAGCUCCUGGAGUACCUCAGCAAGGUGUGCUAUUACAGUUGGCUAAGCAAAUUCCUGGUCCUCAAUGGCCUCCAUACCUUCUACUUCAGCUCUAAGCUGAAGCGAUUGGUGGACUCGAGGAUGCUCCGGGCAUACUGUCUAAUCCACCACAGUCUUUGCACGACAAUCCCCUGGGUUUGUGUCUCCACCCUGACCAUAGCAUCGCUCACAUGCUGGCAGGAGAGACACGGCGUCAGGAAGGUCUUCAAGGACCUGCUUCAUCUGGAGAGGAAGUACUUCAAGGGACAGCCGAGUGGCACCCCGCUGAAAGCCCGAUACAAGGCAGAGGAACAGGGCGGAACAGAUGAGGAGGUGGCUGCCUCUCUUUUCGAAGAUGUUGCGGAUCACCCAGCAGGUGAAUCGUGAGAACGCGUUCUGCGUUGUCUGUGUGCUGGCCUGCAACAGCUGGUUCCAGAUCACCUUCGGCUAUGAGAUAUUCGUAAUGCUGGCCGCCCCCAAGUCCCUCGACUUGAGCCUCUCCCUACGUUUCUUUGUCAUACUCAGCUAUCUACUGGACGCCGUCAAUCUCUACUUUAGCACAGAUAUUACCCAGCUGCGAGAGGACUCGUUGCGGAUUCUGCGGGAGACAACUCGAAUGGAUCGAAUGGUGAGAAGCUAAGGAGAAAGCAUUUCAGCUUUCGGUGUUCACGCUGGAGUUGGCGCUGCAUCCCAGGCGGGUUGAAUUUCUCAAUGUCUUUGCCUUCGACCGAAAGCUGACUCUGACCCUCUUGGCCAAGUCGCUGCUGUACGCAAUCUGCUGGCUGCAGGGCGACUACAUGACGCUGAAGCGUUGAGCUGUUUACUCCACAGCAGAAAAUGCUCCAUAUGUCGUCAAAGUUCGCACCAAUAAAGCC